CCUAACGAACAUCAAUUCAAUAAAAUUGGAACGAUGGGGUACCCCAUCCAAUCAGGAAUGUGCAACACGGUUUUACCGGGACCAAGUAUGGAAAGCAUGUGUAACGCAUCAGCGUUCUUUGUUUUCAUGUCUUUCCUUGAUACUUUCGUACGUGCCAAGGAGGAGAUAUCGGGAAGAUGCGAACGGAUCAAUCCGAUCGAACAGACAGAUGACGACUACGACUUCAUCGUGAUUGGCGGGGGUGCUGGGGGUGCUGUAACAGCUGCGAGACUAAGCGAGGUUUCAGAUUGGAAGGUCUUGCUACUUGAAGCUGGAGGAGAUGAGUCGGCGGCUGGUCAAGUGCCCGCAUUAGCUACCAAAUUAAUUGGAGCGGAAAACGACUGGAACUUUCGCACAACACACGAGAGUAACGCGUGUUUGUCAACGAAUGGAUCCUGCACUUGGCUCUCGUCUCGAACUCUUGGUGGAAAUACCGCGCACAAUGACAUGGUCUACUUGAGAGGCAAUCCAACUGACUACAACAACUGGGCCGCGAUGGGUAACGAGGGGUGGUCGUAUAAGGAUGUGCUGCCAUUUUUUAAGAAGUCAGAAGACAACGGUGAAAUUGACAGAGUUGGACGCAAAUAUCACGGAACAGGAGGACCGCUUCCUGUUCAAAGAUUUCCAUACAACAAUUCCUUUUCAUUUGCAAUGCUCGCAGCAGCCGAGGAAGCUGGAUUCGGUGUAAGCAACGACCUCAACGGUGAAAAGAUAACCGGUUUCUCCAACUUCCAAUCCACACAAAAACACGGAGUAAGACACAGCAGUGCAAGAUCGUUUCUAUGGCCAGCCAGAAAUCGCAAGAAUUUUCACGUAUCCUUAGAGUCUUAUGUAACCAAAAUUAUAAUAGAAAAUGAUAGAGCAGUUGGCGUUAAAUAUCACAAGAACGGUACAUUCCACACCGUCAGAGCGAGCCGCGAGAUCGUUCUCUCCGGAGGAAUAGUGAAAUCACCUCACCUUCUACUGCUCUCCGGAAUAGGACCCAAGAAGCACCUGAAAUCCAUGGGAAUCAAAGUAGCCAAGGAUUUGCCUGGUGUUGGAAAAAAUCUUCACGACCAAGUAGCGUACCUUCUGAGCUUCACCAUGAACGUUGCCGAUGUCUACGAAAAUAACUGGGCUGCCGCGACUGAAUAUCUAGCCUUCGGGACUGGCCCUCUAUCCAGUACUGGGUUGUCCCAAAUCAGUAGUGCGUUAACGACGAGCUUGACGACCCCCGAUUAUCCGGACACUCAGCUUUCGCCUAAUGGUUACCAAGCACACUGUGCACCAGGUGAACUGAACGUUCUUCGUAGCACGGACAAACGUACUGUAACCAUGUUCGCAGGAUACACGCACCCCAAGAGCAGAGGUAGGGUGAGCCUCGCGUCAAAAGACCCUUUCGAUCAGCCUGUCAUCUGGGCCAACUAUCUGAGUGAGCCCAGUGACGUUCAAGGACUGGUAGAGGCCAUAGAGAUGGCACUGAGGCUGACCGGAACUAAGGCCUUGAGAGCAUAUAACUUCACCUUGACCGAUACGAACAUUGAAGCCUGUUCUGAUCAUACUUUUGCAAGCACCGAAUACUGGGUCUGUGCCAUACGCCAAGAUACCACUGUCGAACUACAUCAGGGUGGUUCCUGCAAAAUGGGACCAGCUUCCGAUCCCUUGGCUGUCGUGGAUCCCCAGUUGAGGGUUCACGGCGUGACGGGACUCCGGGUAGUGGACGCGUCUAUCAUGCCUCAGGUAACUUCCGCCAAUACUGCAUCACCGACUAUGAUGAUCGGAGAACGAGGUGCGGACUUCAUCAAGAAGCACUGGGCUCAGUGA